AAAGCUGUCAAUGGCCGUGCUUCACACUUUUCAUCCACAACAACUUCAGUUUUAAUAUAUGACUAUUCCACCGGUUGACUUAUUUUUACACUUGUAAGGCAGUCAAUAAUGUUGAAAUUCUGCUAUUUUUUUUGCCUAUAUGGUUAAUAACAGCACUAUUUCAUCGAAUAGUCAUUCAUUUUCCGUUAAAGUGAAAGUCCACCACUACCUCUUACAAGUGUUCAUUCAGAAGAGGUAUCAAUUGAAAUGUGACGUCAGACCCACUUUGAAUGAUUCUAUUGGACAAUAAUUUUCCUGAUUAGAUGACAGUAUUUUUAGUAAAGCGACAGUGGCUGUGACCUUGAAAGAAUCUUGACGUUGCUGGUGAUGACUGCAUCUGCUUCACAUAGACUGGAACUCACUCGGUGGACGAGCUCAUCUGACGAUUCUCGGUAGGGGGGUUCGGAAGACUAGCUUAAGGAUAAGUAGCCACGCGCAAAGCUGCAAUGCUCACAGAGAUAGCACAAUGUGUACGUAGACGUAGUAAAACUGUGCAUAUAAGUACUUGAAAGUCAUAACAUGUUUUCUUUAGAAGAUGAUAGCUAGACGAUCUCUAUCUCAUACACUUCCCCCUUUCUCUAAUGGAACGUCCCAAGUCGGGUUGGCGUGUUCCACAACCUCGCAGGGGGGCAGCUGCUCCCGUUCUCAGUCCGCCGGGAGACAAUGUGAUCAAGUACGUCUACGACUUUAUUACUUCUUUUUUUAAACCUCCGGCAAUGUUCGUGCUUUGACAAAACACAAACGGCGGCUUGAUUGACGGCUGGCUGGUGGGAAUGCUUCCCCGGACUCACAGGAAAGAUCAGAGAGUGCCGGUCUAUUGUGUCAGGAGCCACCAGGAGACAUGCACUGGACUCUGCUGCUGAUUGUGCUGCUGUGGGAUGGACUCGCUGCUGUCGAACCGAAGGCCACAAGAUGGCCGCUGUACUCCCAGAAGCCUCUGCUGCUAGCGUGGAACGCCCCCACGGAGGACUGUUUCCCUCGCCAUGGCAUCGCCCUUCAGGUGGACCAGUUUGAGAUCGUGGCCUCUCCCACCGAGGGCUUUGUCAAACAGAACCUGACCGUCUUCUACAAGGAGCGCAUGGGUUUGUACCCCUACUUUGAGCCAGACGGGACCCCCGUGAACGGGGGUCUUCCGCAGGUGUCCAGUCUUGCGCAACACCUGGAAAAGAUGCCGCUGGGGGUGAAGAAGUACAUACGAGAGCCGGACGCCAAAGGCCUGGCGGUUAUCGACUGGGAAGAGUGGCGCCCCCUGUGGAUACGCAACUGGGACGCCAAGGACAUUUACCGGAGACAUUCCCGAGAGCUGGUGCGCCAGAAGAACCCCACCUGGCCGGCCGAGCAGGUCUCCAAAGUGGCCCAGCAGGAGUUCGAGAUGUCGGCCAAGAAGUUCAUGCUGGAGACGCUGAGACGGGCCAAAAACCUGAGACCCCAGCAGCUGUGGGGGUUCUACCUGUUCCCGGACUGCUACAAUCACGACUACAGGCUCACGCUGGAGUACUACACGGGGCGCUGCCCCGACGUGGAAGUGGCGCGCAACGAGAAGCUCAAGUGGCUGUGGAACGAGAGCACGGCGCUCUUCCCGUCCAUCUACAUGGGCACCGUGCUGCGCUCCUCCGCCUCCGGGCGCCAGUUUGUCAGGAACCGAGUCAAGGAAGGGAUGCGCUUGGCGUCGUCGGGCGACGGCCUGGCUCGGCCCGUGUUUGUGUACACGCGGCCCACGUACAUCAACUCUUUGGAACAGCUGACGGAGACAGACCUGGUGUCCACCAUCGGCGAGAGCGUGGCUUUGGGAGCAGCAGGCAUCAUCCUGUGGGGAGACGCGGCCUACGCCAGCAACAAAACCACCUGCUCCGAGCUGGAUGCUUAUCUUCGGGGUCCUCUGGGCCAAUACCUCCUCAACGUCUCCACGGCAGCAGAGUUAUGCAGCCAGAGCUUGUGCACUUCUCACGGGCGCUGUCUGCGCCGCGACCCAGACGCCGAUGUUUACUUACACCUGAACCCCCUCACCCACAGCGUCCGGGCCAGCGCCGGCGGCAAGCUGAAGGUCACGGUCCAGCCCGACCAAGCUCACACCACCGAUUUCGGCGGCAGUUUCCGAUGCCAAUGUUACAGCGGUUUCGAGGGGGAACGCUGCGAGAAGCCGGACACUCGGUACCACAGUGGGGCGGCCUAUCGGGUGUCCGUGUCGACACUGCAGUGUGUGAUCUUGCUGCUCCUUUUUAUCGUUGUGCUGCCUUUGCUGUAGAAUCCCGAGGUCAAGGUGUGUUUCGAAUGCUGUAAAAAAAAAACACAACGUGAAUUUGCAACACUGCAAGUGGGUUAAAAGGUUAUUUUUGUAACUUUUUCACCUAACGAGGGCCUGCUGGAAUGAUCGUGUUUACAUUUUUGCUCUGUUUCCUGGUCUCCCCAAGGUGUCAGAUUCCCCGUUUCUCACAGCCAGGAUGUUUAUUGAGGGAAAUGUGACGAAUGAGUGCAUGGAUGUCGGUUGCCUAGCGAGAAGAACGAUUCAUAAGACGUGCCUGAUAUUUGUUUUUUUUUUUCCACAAUGAUCAGAAAAUUGGAAAAUAGAUUUUAUGAAAGCCGUGGCAGUAUUUAUUUGAAUGUAUUUUUUCUGUGCCUAAAACAUGACUACUACUUUACUACUCCUUAAAA